UUAACACUUAACACACACCCCCCCGUAAGGGGUAUAACUUUAGGGGUGUACUUUCUUACGGCUUACGGUCAAAUUUUUUUGGGUACGUUCAUGGUAGGUACGUGUUUUUUUUUCGGUCGUUUAGUUGGUCCAAUUCUUUAAGUAUAUAUAUAUACAUAUAUCUGUAUAUACAUGGUAUAGUGCCAAAAGUGUGUCAUCUUUUAUAUGGAAUUCAUGAGUACACCCUCAUCACUCUACCUGACCAAGUGACUAACUGACUACCCAUAAUAAUCUGAUCUCUUUGUAAUAAUUUAACCCUAAUACCAUUGCACAUAUUAUACAUGUGCCAGUUAUUUAUAUGUUUUAAUGAGUAGCAAGACUAACAUGGAACUGGAGCUCGUCUGGGCUGGAGUUAUUAGAGCACCAGCCAAAGAAAGAAGGAUCAUCUGGAGCGCGAGGGACUACGAUAGGCUUCCUCGUUAAAUGCUGGACUACAGGUGGUCAAUUGUCUCGUGAUGCCCCUACGACAGGGUCUUAUAAUGUAAAAAUGAUAUACAGAGCAAGCCAAUUCCGUGCAUCUGCUUAGAUGACGUAAUUAAAGGAGCUGCUGCUUUAGCUGCAGCUGCACUUUGUAUACGUAAACAAUGAGCAGCAACACAGCCCACACAGUGGCAGCAGCAGCUGAAAAGAUGUUGAAGCUGCCUGGUUGGCUCUGGCCAAACUCUAACGUGCUCUCACCUUUGUACAAAGGGAUCUGGGAGGCAGUACAAGAGAAGCACCCUAGUAGGCCGAAUGUCGAGGUACUCGUUGACACUAACAAAAUAUUUCCGCUACUACUGACAAGCCAACUGCCCACCGAAGUUCUCGGCUACAUCUGGAGCCUGGCAAAUCAGAAGUACGCGGGCCAGCUGACGGAGCAAGAGCUCUACAUCGUCCUUGCUCUCGUCGCGCUUGCCCAGGCCUCCUACCCAUUCAACAGUCUUGAGGUCCUCACGUACAUUCGCACGCCGCCAACCCCAAACCUCAACCUUGCUCUCCUUGGCAAUGAUGAAAUUAAGACCGAACUCAACAACAGCCUUACCUUGUUGCCUGUCGAGUCAUCGAAAGCUAGCUGUAAUUCUUCAUCUAUAGUGAGCAGGAAGCACACACAUCUGGGUAAACCCACAACCACCACUACCACAAAGCUGGAUGGUUUGCAGUCCCGAAAUCAUAGCCACUUAUCUGACUUGAAAGAAAUAAAAUCUUUGUCCAACGACAUCGCCGACAUUACCCAGCCAACUGCAGCAGCAGCUUCCUGCAUGGAGUCCAGUUGGCAUAAUGUGAAUGCUCAGUUAACAGACAUCAAGAGUCAAGUGAUUUCGUCUUACACUGUAGAUAAUGAUGAAUAUUCAGACUUCCAAAGUGCCCCGGUACAAAGUAAUGUGCCUAUGAUUCCAAACUUGUGGGAUUCAAGGCAAGGCUCUGCUAUUGGUAGUCGUCUGGCUAAUCAUAAUCUUGGUAUUAAGAAGUCCUACGAUAAAAUGAAGAAAACCUCUGCUAAUAAAAACAACAGCAGUACAACUGGUGAAAUUCGUGGCUUAUUAACUUCUGUUAAUCCUGUGACGAUGCAUAACAGGGAGAACCAGUUCAAUGAACAAUUGUCAGAGCUGUUUCCAAAGUGUUUGCAGAAGAGUCAGUCCAACACAAUCAUUUUAAAGGAUACCAUCAUAAGGCAUAGCAAUAGUGUUGAAGUAAUCAAACCUAUUACAAAAGAUUUGCACAACACUGAAAAGACAGUUGUUAACAAAGUUGGUCUUACUAUGCCAGGAUUAGCUCAUGCAAAAACUGUUGAAUCUGCUAAAAAUUCAAAAGAUGUACAGCAAGACUUGAUGAACCUGCAACCUACAGAGGAUAAAUACAGUGCAUUGAGAGCCUUAGAUGAUAAGCCAUCUGUCAUAAAUCCUUUGGAACCUACAGAAUCAUCAAGUACAUUUCCAGUUCUGGAUGAUUUUGGAGAAUUUAUAUCUGCAGAGCAAUUUAUUUCUGCAAGCCCAAAUCAUGGUCAAAUCUCAGUAGAUUUAUUAAGUGAAUUCGAUUUUAAUACAAAUAGUACAAUAGGAACUAAUAGAAAGUCUAGUCCUUCCUUGGUUCAAGAAAUUUCAGAUGCCUUUGAUGCUCUUGUAUGUGAAGUUGUGCCUGUGGAUCAACAAACGAUAGAAAAAAGCACUAAUAAUUUUAACAGAGACAAUGUUCAACCAACAAAUAUUGUUUCAAUAGAUAGUGGAGAAUGUAAUCCUCUUGCAUCUGAAAUUUUAACUCGAUCAGGAUCUGUUUUAAGCUUAAAUCUGAAGUCAUUUACACCUUCUGUGCAAGAAGAUGAACAACACAUUGAAAAUAUGCAUCAAAUAAUUUAUUGGGAAUGGAAGCAGUACAUGGAAAGUUGUCUUUUAUUAUUGCAAGUUACUACUAAUGUGUUUAAUAACAUUACUUCUGAGAUUAUUUUAAAGGAAGUAUUGUCAUCAGCGCAAGGCUACAAUUUUCUCUGCAAUUUAGCAGAGGUGGCAGCUGUUUGCAGAAGAGUUAACUUUUCUCACAAAGAAAUAGAUAUUAACAUAAUGGGUUUUGAUGAUUUGUUGAUGGAUAUUGAUAGAAUAUGGUCUGAAAUGGAACCAUUUUAUACCGACAUUCCGAUUAUUACUGAGUUACCAUCAUGGCCUCUUUGUCCAAAAGAUGGUAUUACUUGUGCACUGUGUUUGACUUUAAUAUCUAAUGAACAAAUCAUAUGGAACAAUAACAGUUAUCAUGCGAGUUGUGCUAAUUUGUGGUUACACACUGUUAACAAUAAUUUGCCUGUUCUUCGGUGUCCCAUACCUUACAUGUCAUCUGCAACGUCUCAAAGUACUAAUCACUGAAAUCAAUGAAUUUAUAAAUGUACGAUUCACAAAUUGAUUAUUAGUGACUAUGGACAAGUAUACCUUGUACACGAAUUCGUACACAAUUGUACAUUAUGAAAUAAAAACAACAAAAUAAAGAAUCUGACUAAA